AUGUCUCAAGCGCUGGGUUCUAUAUCUCAAUGUGGGAGAGAACUACGAUAUCCAGAAAAGGCCGUCAUGAUUCCGCCAUCGACAAUUCAUGAACAACACAGUGCUCUAUCGUCAACGUCAUCUUCGGACUCGGUGAAGAUCGAGGUUGAUGAACUCGAGUGCAACAUUGUUUCUCUGCUUCAUCGGGGUGCGAGAGACGGAAAUGUGGACACAAUAGGAAAGCUCACCUCUCGUUAUCCAGAACUUGUGAAUGUGGCCGACAGUGAUGGGUUCACGGCUCUUCACUAUGCGGCUAAGUAUGGUCACGUGAAAGCUGUCGAACUGCUGCUGAACAAAGGAGCCACAGUAGACAUAGUUGGGAGAGAUCAAUUCACUCCAUUGCAUCUCACUGCCAAGUACUGUCGUCCUCUCGCACAACAACGCACCUCUCCAACGGAAAGGUCACUCGUCUCGCAAUAUAUCGAUUUAUCAGCACAAAGCGCUACCUGUCCUAUUACAUCAGUCGAUGUACCAACUAUCAUCGUAGACCUACUCGUGGACCGAGGAGCGGAUGUUAAUGCGAGAGACUCCUACGGUCUGACACCUCUGCACCACGCAGCCAUGAAAGGAAAUCAGUCUGCCGCUCGAGCUCUCAUCAAGCAUCGUGCCGAUGUCAAUGUAAGCUAG